AUGUCUGAGCUUUUGGUUCUGAAGGGCACGAUGAGAGCCCACACCGACUGGGUCACGGCCAUAGCCACUCCGAUCGACAACUCCGACAUGAUAGUCACCUCCUCACGCGACAAGUCCAUAAUUCUCUGGUCUUUGACAAAGGAGGACAGGACCUACGGCGUCGCACGACGUCGUUUAAACGGCCAUUCCCACUUUGUUCAGGACGUCGUCCUCUCCUCUGACGGCCAAUUUGCUCUCUCCGGCUCAUGGGACGGCGAGCUCCGUCUGUGGGAUCUACAGGCUGGGACCACAGCACGCCGAUUUGUAGGCCACACCAAAGACGUCCUAUCCGUCGCGUUCUCCUUCGACAACCGUCAGAUUGUUUCCGCUUCUCGUGACCGUUCGAUCAAGCUGUGGAACACCCUCGGCGAGUGCAAGUACACCAUUCAGGACGGCGAAGCACAUUCCGAUUGGGUCAGUUGCGUUCGAUUCAGCCCAAAUAAUCUGGCUCCCACCAUCGUUUCGGCAUCGUGGGACCGGACUGUGAAGAUCUGGAACUUGACCAAUUGUAAGCUCCGGUCAACGUUGGCCGGCCACGGAGGCUACGUCAACACGGUGGCGGUGUCGCCGGACGGCUCGUUGUGUGCGAGUGGUGGGAAAGAUGGGGUGAUAUUGUUGUGGGAUUUGGCUGAGGGGAGGAAGCUCUACUCGCUGGAAGCUGGGUCGAUAAUACACGCGCUGUGUUUUAGCCCGAAUCGGUACUGGUUAUGCGCAGCUACGGAGGCGUGUAUAAGGAUAUGGGAUUUGGAGAGCAAGCUUGUGGUGGUGGAUUUGCGGGUGGAUCUGAAGGCUGAAAGUGAUAUGGCGCCCGAGGUGGCUACAACUGGCCAGAACAAUACUGGAAAAAACAAGGUCAUUUAUUGCACUUGCUUGAGUUGGAGCGCUGAUGGAAGCACAUUGUUCAGUGGGUAUACAGAUGGUGUCGUCCGAGUUUGGGGAGUUGGGCGGUCCGCGUCGGGGUCUGGUCGUCUGGGGUUGGAUUUUGGUCCAAAGUCUAGGGUUGGAUUUGGGUCUGUGGUCAAGUCUCCGUUUGCAGUCCGGAGUUGA